CUGUUAUUCGAGGGCGCGCGGCUUUGCAUCAUGCAAUAAUGGCUCCAUCUAAUUGGCUAUAGGUGUGACAUUUCGCUAAUCCUCCGAUAUCCCGUACGGUUACCUUGCCUUCCUCGCUCAAGAGGCGUGUGCAAUGCAUAUCUUCCUUGUUGCAAACCCCAGCACAACUCUGAAUUUACCGCCUUCUCUGUGCAAUAUCUCCGUUCCGUUUCGCUCAAGCUUCUGCACCACCAUCAUUGGAGCAACUGCCAGCUCUCGUCUUCCGACAGUGAAACCCAUAUCGCCGCGCCUGAAGGCGGUAAGGUCUGAGAUGGCUUUUCUUGAUGAAAAACGCUCAUAUACCAUGAUGGAGUAUUUGGGGAAGGCAGGGGCCGACGUCGGUGACGAUUUGGCCAUCUUGAUCGUCCAUCUUGAGUACGCCUGCAAACGAAUUGCAGCGUUGGUUGCUUCUCCCUUCAGCAGCGAAGUCGGCAGAAGGCCGGUCCAUGGAGAAGUUGGGUUGUCAUCUUCUGGCAGGGACACUCCCAAACCCCUCGAUCUAGUCUCGAACGAUAUCAUACUAUCCACACUUAAAAGCUCUGGAAAAGUUGCUGUCAUAGCAUCAGAGGAAGAUGAUCUUCCAGUUUGGAUUACUGAUGAUGGACCAUUUGUGGUUGUAGCUGACCCUCUUGAUGGUUCUCGUAAUAUUGAUGUUUCUAUUCCAACUGGUACAAUAUUUGGGAUCUACAACAGGCUUGAAGAAUUGGAUCACCUCCCUAUUGAAGAGAAAGCACAGCUUAAUGCCCUCCAAAGUGGGAAUAGACUUGUUGCUGCUGGGUAUGCUUUAUAUUCAUCUGCUACCAUUUUAUGCUUUAGUUUUGGAUCGGGAACUCAUGCUUUCACUUUGGAUCGCUCAACUGGUGAUUUUGUUCUCACACAUCCCUUCAUGAGAAUUCCACCUCGGGGGCAAAUUUAUUCAGUGAAUGAUGCACGAUACUUUGACUGGCCUAAUGGGUUAAGGCAAUACAUUGACACUGUUAGACAAGGUAAAGGGCAGUUUCCUAAGAAGUAUUCUGCUCGGUACAUUUGCUCACUUGUUGCUGAUUUCCAUCGGACCCUUAUAUAUGGAGGGAUAGCAAUGAACCCAAGGGACCAUCUUCGCUUAGUUUAUGAGGCCAAUCCUCUUAGUUUUCUUGUUGAGCAUGCUGGAGGCAGGGGAUCUGAUGGCAAAACAAGGAUUCUUUCAAUCCAACCAGUUGAGUUGCACCAAAGGCUUCCCCUAUUCUUAGGGAGUUUGGAUGACAUGCAUGAACUAGAAAGUUAUGAUAAUAUUCAGCAGAAAGUUAAUCCUGGAUACGAAGUUUGAUUAUUAAUGAAUAAGUUUGAUCCAUAUAAGAAGGGAAGUGUAUUGCCGGAAGUUUUCCACAUGGUUUGGGCUAAAGCUAAAUUUCAAUGCAAUGAAUUCUGUUGGAUAUUUUUUUUGAAUCUAAAAGUUGCUUCAUCAUUUCAGCAGUCGAUUGACUCAUCUACUUUAUCCUAUAUCUUGUAUUUUUUUUUUCCAGUUGAACAAAGUGUUAUUUUUUUUAGAAAAAACUUUUGCAAAUAGUGAAGCCAAAUUUUGCAA